AUGGCAAACGUUCAAGACAAGAGCUUGAAUAUGAACUUUUCCGAUACAGGAAUUUUUGAUGAAAAUCGGUAUUUCGAUGUGGUUUUCGAAAUGGCAAAAGAUGACGAUGAGGAACUCGUAUUUAGAAUCACCGCCUACAAUCGUGGUCCAGAUGCAGCACCUUUGCAUAUUAUGCCACAUGUGGUUUUGCGGAACACUUGGUCUUGGGGCGACGAUGAAUCCAAGAAAGAAAAGCCUAGCGUGAAGGCUCUUGAUGAUUACACAAUUGAGGUUGACCAUGCCAAGUUUGGGAAGAGAUAUCUUGUUUUUGCACCGGCUCCAGGGUUUGAUGAUGAUGCUCCCGAUAUUGAUCCUCAACUUCUUUUCACCGAAAAUGAGACCAAUACUGAUCGUCUUUACGGUCAACCAAACAAGGUCAAGUAUGUCAAGGAUGCAUUUCACGAUGCUGUCAUCGAUGGUAAGUCAGAGACGGUCAAUCCGGAACGUACUGGUACGAAAGCUUGUGCUUGGUUCAAUUUUGAAAGUGUUCCCGCUGGCGAUUAUGUCACCAUUCGUUACAAAUUUACUCGGCAACCGGGUGAUAUUGAUGAGUUGCAACUUGAUGAGGUAUUUUCGCGCUGCCAAGAUGAAGCAGAUGCUUUUUAUUGGAAGAUAUCACCACUUCCAUUGAGUGACGAACUUCGUCAAGUGCAAAGACAAGCAUUUGCUGGUCUUUUAUGGACAAAGCAAUUUUACUACUUUGUUCACAGUUAUUGGUCCCGUGGUGAUCCCAACACCCCAAAGCCUCCCGUGAACCGUGCAAAUGGUCGAAAUAGGGAUUGGAAGCAUUUGCAUAUUGAUGAUGUGCUUUCGCUUCCUGAUAAAUGGGAAUAUCCAUUUUUCGCAGCCUGGGAUACUGCAUUCCACUGUGUUCCUAUUGCCAUGAUAGACCCUGAAUUUGCCAAAAAGCAACUUGAUUUGCUUACUCGUGAAUGGUACAUGCACCCUAAUGGACAAAUUCCUGCUUAUGAAUGGAACUUUAGUGAUGUCAAUCCUCCGGUUCAUGCUUGGUCUGCGUACAGAAUUUUCAAGAUUGAGAGGAAAAUGUAUGGUACAGAAGAUCUUGACUUUUUGGAAACUGUGUUUCAAAAGUUACUCCUCAAUUUCACUUGGUGGGUCAAUCGGAAAGAUGCCGAAGGUAACAAUGUGUUUGCAGGAGGCUUUUUGGGUCUUGACAACAUUGGUGUAUUCAAUCGUUCGGAACCACUUCCCACUGGUGGUAGUUUGGAACAAGCUGAUUCCACCGGUUGGAUGGCGUUUUUUUGCUUGCAAAUGUUGAACAUUGCACUUGAAUUGGCAAAGACCCGCCCCAUAUAUGAGAACAUUGCCUCAAAGUUUUUCGAACACUUUAUAUUGAUUGCUGAUGCAAUGACUUAUAGAGGUGGUGCUGAACAGGAGCUGUCGUUAUGGGAUGAAAAUGAUCAGUUCUACUAUGAUGCCAUCAGUUAUGGUAACCAUUCGCAGCUUCUUCCUGUUCGCUCCUUGGUUGGACUCAUUCCUUUAUAUGCGUCUUUGACCCUUGAACCUGAGUUGGUGGCUAGAUUCCCUUCGUUCAAGAAACGUCUCGAUUGGUUUAUUGAGCACAGGAAAACCGUUGCCGAACGUAACAUUGCCUCCAUGGAAACCAGGGGUGUGGGUGAAAGACUUCUUCUUGCGUUGGUCGACAAAGAUCGCUUAGUUGCAAUUUUAGAAAAGAUGUUGGAUGAGGAUGAGUUCUUAUCUCCCCAUGGAAUUCGUUCUCUUUCCAAGUACCAUGAAAAGAAUCCCUUCGAAAUGGAUGUUCAUGGCGAAAAGUAUACUGUCAACUACCUUCCGGGUGAAUCUGAUUCAGGUAUGUUUGGUGGAAACUCUAAUUGGAGAGGUCCUAUCUGGUUCCCAGUCAACUUUUUGUUGGUAGAAGCUUUGCAAAGGUUCUACUUAUACUACGGACCAGAACUCAAAGUGGAGUGUCCAAAGGGUUCUGGUGAUUAUUUGAAUUUGGCUCAAUGUGCUCAAGAAAUUCAGCACCGGCUCAUCCAUCUUUUCCUUCCUGAUGAAAAUGGGAACAGAGCAUGUAAUGGUGGUGAUGAGCUUGCCAAAGAUCCAUUGUUCAAAGACUACGUGCCAUUCUACGAGUAUUUCGAUGGUGACACAGGUCGUGGUUUGGGAGCUUCUCACCAGUGUGGUUGGACAGCAUUGGUGGCCAAAUGGAUUCACGACAAUGGAGUUUCUUGCAGAGCACCCAAGACACCUCGUACUCCUCGUCGCUCUUCUGUGGUGUUGCACAACAGCGGAUCGACGAAGGAUGUUUUAGACGACGAUGUAACGCAAUAUCUUCCAAAAUCGGGACCAUUCCCAGGAAGACUUAUGCGUAGAAGAAGUGGAAAGUCACUUUUGAACAUGACUAUCCAUGCGCUUGACUUAGAUGAUGAAGAUCAGACAAGCAUUGAUUCCAGGCCACAGGCGGGCGACGAUUUAGAUGAUAUGGAUAGUUUGACACCUUCCAAGUCCAAGAGUUCUGUCGAUGGAAAUUCGGCAGUAGACGAUAACCUUCUCGGGCAAAUUAGAGCAGCAUUCCACAGGUACAAGCUGCGUGACGAAGACGAUCCCGAUGAGUUUUCUGGCGAAGAGUUUGAAACCCGUCACAAGUAG